AUGACCACUACCAAUCAUUCAAAUUUUAGUGAGCAUCAGCAACAAGGAAACAAGGAUUCCUAUUCAAAAAUACACACCCCAAUCAAGAGAAAACUAUCUGAAUAUGUAAUUUAGAAAUAAAGCUCUUAUGCGCAAAUACAUAAACCUGAAAGACAAAAACAAAAAUCUACCCCUGAUAUUUUAUAGUUACUUAAGAAAUAUUAGAAAUGUCAUACCAAUCAAUCCCAGCAUCAACCAAAUCAAUAGAGGGAUGUGGUGAGCAAUUAUUAAAUAAAAAAGCAUAAAACACUUCAUAAUACGGACGCUUCACCCAUUAGAGUUAGUUAAGAAGCCUUACCCCUAAAGAACAUUAUAAUUAACAGAAAGAGAAUGAGCAUCAACGAUAGAGAUACCACCCUUCUGAAGUUGCAAGAAUUAAAAAAGAAAAUAAUUGAAAAGGUUCCGAACCCUCUUGAAAUUUGGGGACCAGAAAUCAAUCCUAUUUCAAAUAGAAUUACAUUUCAAGCCUCGCUAUAAACGGAAGAUUCUAAACUAAUUUAAAAAACAGUAGAUACUCCUGGAACUGCUUAAUUCAUGUAAUCGAAUAGAGAGGAAAAUGGAUAAGAACCAAGAAACCCAUUUGAAAGAACCAAGUCUUCUUAGGAUAUGAAGAUAUAGGAAAAUUAAAUUACCCUCUAAAAGAACCUUGACUUAUUUUUUGAAAAAAGGAAGCACUCAUGUUGUGAGGACAACUUUAAGCCUGUUUAAAAGACUCAAUACUAAUACGGAAAACCCUACUUUGAAUCAAAUAAAGGGGAAGAGAUACCAAAUUCUAACUUUACAAAUAGGCUUGAGUGUAGAAAAAUAAUGAUUAUAUUGGAUUAAGAUAAAGAGAAAAUAUUAGAAUAGAUUGCUCUGAACCCUAAUGAAAUUCAUAAUUCUCCAACUAGUAAAAUUUGGGAUAAAGCAUUGAAAAUUGAUAGAUUGGAUGAAUAGUUGGGGAAAUAAAAAACUGAAGAAUCUCUGUAGGUGAAAUGUUAAAAAAUUAAAUCUAAAAGAGGAAGUAUCAAAAAUGAAAAUAUUCCUUAUUGGAAAUUGAGAGACUUAGAAUAAAAAAAGAUAAAAAAAUGA